GUAUUUUGAGGGAAAAGAGCAGCGGUCACAUUACACGCGGCACAGUAAAAGAAAUUUGCUUUGAAUGUUUUUAUUACAAAUUAAACCGCGCAAUGGAUGUUUUGCAAGAUUAUAAUAGGUACUCCCAUAUCGGCAAUAGCUUUGGCUUUGUUUGCAGGACCAUGGAAAGACACUGUGGAAUGCAGCAACUGGCGUCUUAUGAAAAAUACGAAUUUGUUCAGCUCCUGAAGAUUCUGAAUGCGAAGGAAAAGAUGCUGGCCGCCAGAUUCUUUUGCCAGUUGCCCGCCAAUGUGGGCAGUUUCCGGGUGCUCCUCCAGUUGCAGGAACUCCGCAUCCUGACGGCCACGCAGUACAUCCUUAGAAAGGAGCACUCGGAUCAGCUGCAGGUGGACUUGAUCAUAUUCCUGGAAUCGGAAUUCGAACUUCUGGCAAAUGUCUUUCUCUCAGCUGCUUAUAAUGCCGAUUUUGCGAUGAGGUUAACUUUAAUCCUAACAACAGCAUUGGGCCAUCUCUAUUCCGGCCUCGUUAGCAAUCCUAAAAUAAGCAGUUUGGGCUAUUUGGAGCCCCUGUGUAAAGCCCUGCCAGAUGAUGCCCUGUGUGUCUGCAUGAAUAUGCAUUUAAAUACCCUGCUGGAACUUCACCGAACGGAGAGUAUAAACGAAGCAUUUUCCAACUUUAGCGCCUGGAUCAAUGAGGGUGUGGACGAACUGACUUUUGUGAAGCACCUCUGCGAUAGGCUCUUUGUUGGCCAUCAACAGGAAGCUCUUCAGUACCUUUUCAAGCAAUCGAACUCUGAAAACUUUAGGCAAUGGAAGUUUUACCUAAUUUUAGUGCAGUCUAUUGCCAGUGGAGCCAGUCCCGAAAGCACUGUAUAUAUUAAGAAAUAUCUGAAAAAUAGACUUUUGCAAACCGCAUCUACCGGCUGCCUGACAUCCCUUCUUCACUUGCUGCUAACUGCACGAGCUGCCACUGCCUCAACCAUGGAUAUUCAGAAAAAUCUGGACAACUACGCCAAGUGGUACAAGCAGAACAUUGGUGAAAUGACUUACAUACUUGGCACGGAAAAGUUUCAGGUCAUUUUGGGUCUCCUGGAGGAGGCUUUGCCAUACGAAAAGGAGUUGCAAUAUUUGGAGAUACAUGUCUCGAUUGCCAUUUCACCUGGCGGUCGACUCGUUCAGGCCUACAAAACCAAGUGCCGAGCACAAGUGUCUCAACUUAAAUUGGCAGCAAAGAGAAAAGCUUCAAGGGAUUAGAUAC